AUGCAUUGCUACACUGAAUUGAUCCCGCCUUCGGGUGUCACUCACGCCCUCUCAGUUCCAUUGACCUCCGCCAAGGCCGACAACCUCGUUGUGGCACGAACAUCCCUGCUCCAAAUCUUCCAGUGCAAGCACCUCAGCCAUGGGCAAGAUAGCAAGCUUGUCCUGGUGGCCGAGUACAAUCUUGCCGGUACUAUCACCUCAUUAGGCAGAGUCAAAAUUCCAGACUCGAAAAGUGGUGGAGAUGCCGUGCUUGUUGCCUUCAGGGAUGCCAAGCUGACGUUGGUCGAAUGGGAUCCGGCACUGCAUAGCAUAUCUACGCUGUCAAUACAUUACUACGAACAUCUAGAUCUCCAAUCUAUCCCGUGGGAGCCUGAUCUGUCGAACUCUGUCAGCCAUUUGACAAUUGACCCAUCGAGUAGAUGUGCCGCUUUCAACUUUGGUGUCAGUAAUCUCGCCAUCAUCCCCUUUCAUCAGGCCGGAGACGAGUUGGCAAUCGAAGACUUUGAUGAGCUUGAUGAAGAGGCCAAGGAACGGCAUUCCCCAACCAAACACAAUGAGAUGCAGCACGACAGUCCAGACACACCUUUCAGCCCGUCGUUUGUUCUCCCUCUCACUGUCCUUGAUCCUGGCCUACUGCAUCCUGUCGACAUGGCCUUCCUUCACGAAUAUCGAGACCCCACCAUUGGAAUCCUGUAUUCAACGGCUGCACGCUCAUCCAACAUGAGUGCCGAACGACGAGAUGUCACCAUCUACGCCGUCUACGCGCUCGACCUGGAGCAGAAGGCAUCGACCACAUUACAGUCGGUCCAAAAGCUGCCAAACGACCUAUACCGGGUCAUGGCACUUCCACCGCCUGUCGGAGGGGCCUUGCUGAUCGGCGGCAACGAACUGAUACAUGUUGAUCAGAGCGGGAAAACCAAUGCCAUCGCGGUCAACGAAUUUGCCAAAGAGGCGUCCUCGUUCUCCAUGGCUGAUCACUCCGAAUACUCGCUGAAACUGGAAGGCUGUCAAAUUGAGCAUUUGGGUAACAACAACGGAGAUAUGCUCGUGAUUCUUCAGACUGGCGACCUUGCUCUUUUGACCUUCCGAAUGGAUGGCCGUUCGGUCUCGAGCAUGGGCCUUCGUCGAAUCGGCGAAGGUCAAUCACAGGGGGUGGUACUGGGUGCUGCGUCUUGCAGCACGAAUCUCGGGUCCAACUGCCUGUUCAUUGGUAGCGAAGAAUCCGACUCUGUCUUGCUAGCUACGGGCAGAAAGCCUACGCAAGCGAAGCGGACAGUAUCGCGAUCCCAACCCCAGACCGACGGCGUCGAGCUCGAAGACACCAUCGGUGAGGAUGGCAUCGAAGAUGAGGACGACCUCUAUGCUGGACUCGGUGAUGGACUGAAUGGAAAUUCGGCGACGGAUGUUAGCGGCCAAAAUUUCCGAUUUCUGGAUCGCCUCCCUUGUGUAGCACCGAUCAACGACAUGGCUUUUACAAGUGGGGGAAAGCGCAAACGAGAUGACAGUGAGGAAUCAGAACGAGAACUGGCUGUUGCCUAUGGACGGGGCCACGCAGGCGGUCUAGCUUUCCUGACCAGACACCUUGAACCCCGGGUCACCAAACGAAUCAAGUCCGAGAAUGCCGUGGGCAUUUGGUGUUUCAGCUCGGGCAAGAGAACCUCAGACGACAAAGUCCAAGAGGAGCUUGACGACCUUGUGAUGAUCUCCCAGAUAACGAAUGACGGUGCGGGCAGGUCGACGCUGUAUCGACUGAUUGACGGGGAUCUUAGUCCCAUGGAUGAUUCCGAGUUUGACGAAUCGGCCGGUUCAGCAAUCGCAGUUGUCAAAUUGAAUGCUACCAACCACACUGUGCAGGUCGUGCCCACAGAAAUCCGCGUCUACGAUACCGGAUUUGCUCUGUCGCAAAUCUUCCCGAUUGUCGAUGAAGAAGAAGGGCAGAUGGCCAAGUUGGUCCGAGCCAGCUUCGCGGACCCGUAUCUGGUCCUGACCAAAGACGAUGGAACCCUGACUCUGCUCAAAGCCGACAAGGCGGGCGAACUCGACGAGGUCGAGUUGCCCGACGCUCUGAAAGAAAAGUCGAUACUCUCUGCGACGUUUUACCCCGACACGAAAGACUUUUUUCAAACUUCUCGAUUCUACGACAGCGCUGCUUCGACCGGACCGAUAUUGUCCGUCUUGACGUCAGAAGGCCACUUCGUGCUACUGUCCCUGCCCAACAUCAGUAUCCAAGUGUUUCAAUGCGAUAGCUUGCCAUUUCUCCCGACUUAUUUGAUGCAGGAUUUGCAACUGCCCAAGCACUGGAGAAGCAAAGAUGAGCUUGGAGAAGCUUUGCUGGCCGAUCUUGGAAAUACCACCGACCGCCGACCAUAUUUGGUGGUUCGCAACACGACCGGCGAUGUCUUGAUUUAUGAACCCUUUGCAAUUCCGGACGUGGUGGGAAGCUUCCGGUUCAAAAAGGUCAUGACCAAGGCCGCGAAAAACCCCGUUGAGAACGAGGUGACCGGUGAACAGUCCGCAAGGCAGUCUAUGCAAGUCAUGAACAACAUCGCCGGUCACGCCUCGGUGUUCGUCCCUGGGCCUCAUCCGUCGCUGAUCAUACGCGAAGCGUCGACGAUACCGCACGUCUAUGAAUUGAACUCUGGCAACGUCAAAUCAAUGAGCGCCGUUCACACCCAGACGUGCCAGCAAGGGUUGGCCUUGGUCGACGAUGACGGGCAAAUCAAGUUCUGCGAGUUGCCGGAAUCGACGGUACUUGGCCUGUCAGAUUGGGUCAUCCGAAGGGUUCCGCUGUGGCAGGACAUUACCUCGGUGGCCUACUUUGCACCCACCGACUCGUAUGUUCUGGCCACCAACCACAUGGCCGAGUUCCGGCUCCCUCAGGAUGACGAAUGGCAUCCGGAAUGGCAGAACGAAGACACCAGAUUCCUACCUACUACGAUCCAGAGCAGUCUGAAGCUUCUCAGCGCAAAGAGCCACUCGAUUAUUAGUCAGUACCAGUUUGAUGCCUGCGAAAGAGUUCUCUCGGUGCAAAGUCACAAUCUCGAGGUGUCGGAAGAGACCCAUGAGCGGAAAGACCUGAUUGUUGUUGGCACUGCCAUUGCCAAGGGGGAGAACGUCACGACCCGAGGCAAUCUGUACAUUUUCGAUGUCGUCGACGUCGUUCCGGAACCGGACGUGCCUGAGAGCAACCUCAAACUCAAGCUGGUCACGAAAGAAGACGUGCGCGGCGCGGUGAGCGCGGUGUGUGACAUCGGCUCGCAAGGGUUCCUGCUGGCGGCGCAGGGCCAGAAGUGCAUGGUGCGAGGACUCAAGGAGGACAUGUCAAUCCUGCCGGUGGCGUUUUUGGACAUGCGAUACUAUGUACACGUGGCCCGCGAGCUGGCGGGGACGGGCCUGUGUAUCCUAGGAGACGCCUUCUCCGGGCUGUGGCUGGUGGGUUAUUCGGAGGAGCCAUACAAGCUUCAGAUUCUCGGUCGCGAUCUUGACAACCCGGCGGUGCUGGCCGCCGAAUUUCUGCCCGACGGGAAACAACUCUUUAUCAUUUCGAGCGACGACGACGGGCUGAUGCGGGUUCUGCAGUACGACCCGGAGAAUCCCAAGGCCGAACGCGGCACCAAGCUGCUGCUCCGAAGCACAUUCCGCACUGGCUCGGCACCGACCAAGAUGGUGCUGCUUCCGCCGAGGGUCCCGUCGCCGUCCCAGCGGCGACGACAUGCUGAGGCUGACAUGGCUCCAGACAGCGCCGGGGCUAUCGGGAUGGAGGAGCGGCAUCGCAUUCUUCUGAGCACGCAGGAGGGCUCUUUGUGCAUGCUCACGCCGGUUCCAGAGGCGACGUACCGGCGGCUGUCAACGUUGCAAAAUACCCUCAUGACCACGUUGGACUUCCAUGCGUGCAGUCUGAAUCCGCGGGCAUACCGGCAGGUCGAGACGGACGGCAUAGGGGGCCGAGGCGUGAUUGACGGCAACUUGGUGCAGCGGUGGUGGGAGACCAGUACGCAACAGAGAGUGGCGAGUGCGGACAAGGCGGGGGCGAGUGUGUGGGAGGUGCGGGCCGACAUGGAUCUGAUCAGUGGUCGAGACUUGGGGGUGUAG